CACUGGAGUGUCCCAACUCUGUGUAACUGAAGCAAACCGAGGGCACUGGUCCAGCCCCUUGGGGCCCCGAUGGCAGGCAGAUGGCUGGAUCUGCGCUGGGCACCUGGCUUCCUCUGCAUGCCUCUGAUAAUGGAGAUGGCAUCUGGGGCCAGAGACCCAUCCACAAAGGCCCGUGAGCACAUCCAGUUUUGGGCCCCAGGUGUCAACCAGACUGCCAUGGCAGACUGCCGAGCCGUGUGUAGCCUGAACACUUCUGACCGCUGCGACUUUAUCAGGAUGAAUCCCGACUGCCGCAGUGAGGGGGGCUACCUGGACUACCUCGAGGGCAUCUUCUGUCACUUCUCCCCUAACCUCCUCCCUCUGGCCAUCACUCUCUACGUUUUCUGGCUUCUUUACCUCUUUCUGAUCCUGGGAGUCACCGCAGCCAAGUUCUUCUGUCCCAAUUUAUCGGCCAUCUCCACCAAUCUCAAGCUCUCCCAUAACGUGGCUGGUGUCACCUUCUUGGCCUUUGGGAACGGUGCCCCAGAUAUCUUCAGCGCCCUUGUGGCUUUCUCAGACCCACGCACUGCCGGCCUGGCCAUCGGGGCUCUGUUUGGCGCAGGGGUACUGGUCACCACUGUGGUGGCCGGAGGCAUCACCAUCCUGCAUCCCUUCAUGGCUGCCUCCAGGCCCUUCCUCAGGGACAUCGCUUUCUAUAUGGUGGCUGUGUUCCUAACCUUCACUGCGCUCUAUCUCGGCAGAAUCACGCUGGCGUGGGCGCUGGGUUACCUGGGCCUGUAUGUGUUCUACGUGGUCACGGUCAUCCUCUGCACUUGGGUCUACCAGCGGCAGCGGAGCACAUCUUUGAUCCACUCCAUGUCUGAGACACCAGAGAUGCUGUCUGAUUCAGAAGAGGACCAGGUGUCUUCCAACACCAACAGCUAUGACUAUGGAGAUGAAUACCGGCCUCUGUUGCUGGGUCAGGAGACCACUGCCCAGAUCCUGAUCCAAGCCCUGAAUCCCUUGGACUACAGGAAGUGGAGGACCCAGUCCAUGUCUUGCAAGCUCCUGAAGGUGGUCAAGUUGCCUGUGGAGUUCUUGCUGCUGCUCACAGUACCCGUCGUGGACCCCGACAAGGAUGAUCGGAAUUGGAAGCGGCCACUCAACUGUCUGCAGCUGGUCAUCAGCCCCCUGGUCCUGGUCCUGACCCUGCAGUCGGGGGUCUAUGGCGUCUAUGAGAUCGGCGGUCUCCUUCCUGUCUGGGCUGUGGUGGUGAUCGUGGGCACAGCCCUGGCCUCAGUGACCUUCUUUGCCACAUCUAACAGAGAGCCCCCUAGACUGCACUGGCUCUUUGCUUUUCUGGGCUUCCUGACCAGCGCCUUGUGGAUCAACGCGGCUGCCACUGAGGUGGUGAACAUCUUGCGGUCCCUGGGCGUGGUCUUCCGCCUGAGCAACACUGUGCUAGGACUUACCCUCCUGGCCUGGGGGAACAGCAUUGGAGAUGCGUUCUCAGAUUUCACACUGGCCCGCCAGGGCUACCCCCGGAUGGCAUUCUCUGCCUGUUUUGGUGGCAUCAUUUUCAACAUCCUGGUGGGCGUGGGGCUGGGCUGCUUGCUGCAGAUCGCCCGGAAUCAUGCUGCGGAGGUGAAGCUGGAGCCAGAUGGACUGCUGGUGUGGGUACUGGCCAGCGCCCUGGGGCUCAGCCUAGUCUUCUCUCUGGUCUCCGUCCCACUUCAGUGCUUCCAGCUCAGCAAGGCAUACGGCCUCUGCCUGCUCCUCUUCUACGUCACUUUCCUCGUCGUGGUCCUCCUCACGGAAUUUGGGGUGAUUCACUUGAAGAGGGUCUGACUGAAGCUGCAUGGCCUGGUGGUUUAGGGGUGAUUCCCCUGGCCUCCUGAUGGGAGAACUGGAGGGGGAGCCCUCUGUAGUUCCCACGUAGCUCCCGAGAGGGGUGGUCUAUCACUGCCAGAGCAGAGCUCCGUGUGGACCGGAAGGUCCUGACUGCCGGCACCCAACAGCCUUAGUGUGGGGAUUGGGAGGUGGCCAGGACCGGACUUUGAAUGACUGCAGAGGCCCCGGAGAGGGCAGCCCGUCGGCCCCCAUCACUGCUGGGCUCUGGGCAGCCCUGUGCCUCCCUCUUAGGCUCUCCCACAGUCCACAGUGUCAGUGAGUCCUGCACCAGUGUUGGCUGAACGGACCCAGCCUCCAAUGUCAGUGUUACAGUCAAAGGAAACAGGUCAAGUUAAGUGUUACAGUCAGAGGAAGCAGGUCAAGUUAACGGUUGUACACGGUACUGACUGAGCCAGCUGGCUCAGAACCACCUGGGCCCCCCUGCCCACCGAGUGGCUGCCACACAUUGGACUGUGGAUCCGGACUCUUCUAGAACUUUGUGUUCAGAACUCUGGCUCCCCAACCUACAAAACAGGAGCCAGCCUGGGUCCUGUGCCUACCUCAAGGGGAGCCAGGGGGAGGGCCCCUCCACAGGGGCUGCUUACAAGUGGUGUGACCAGCCUUUUAAAAACACCACUCACUCCCUGACUGCUUUCAGCUGUAAUUAAGAGACUUGAUUGUUGGUUUUUG